AUGGUUUCCGUAAUACCUGACGUAUAUGUGUGCUUUUAUCAGUUCUGAUUAUAUUUUGCAAAUGGCAGUCGAGAACUAGAAUAAAUUGAUUAUUCAGAAAUUCUCAGAUACUAGUAGUAUUGACACUGAUUAAACAUUCUGACAAAUCAUGACAUCCAUCAGUGAGGUGGAUGCAGUGCCUAAAUCGAAAAAACCUUCUGAUAGCGCAUUCAAGCAACAAAGGUUACCAGCCUGGCAACCAAUACUUACAGCUGGCACAGUUCUACCUACAUUCUUUGUAAUAGGAGUUGCAUUUAUACCAGUUGGUAUAGGACUACUUCAUUUUUCUGAUGAAGUCAAAGAACAUAUUGUAGAUUACACUGAUUGUGAAUCCGUUAAUAUAACUGGUGAGAAUAAAUUACAUAAGAAAUGUGCAGAUGUACUUGCAGAAGAUUCUACAGAGUCCUGUUUUUGUAAGAUUACUUUUGAGCUUCGUGAGCCUUUUGUUGACAAAGUUUAUAUGUAUUAUGGCCUAACAAACUUUUAUCAGAAUCAUCGCAGAUAUGUUAAGUCUCGAGAUGAUACUCAAUUAUUAGGAAAACUAAGUGACAUAGUUUCAACCGAUUGUGAACCUUUUGCGUAUCACAAUGAAAAUGGCACUAACCGUCCGAUUGCUCCAUGUGGAGCCAUUGCCAAUUCACUUUUUAGCGAUGAGCUAACACUGUUUUCUAUAAAGCAUAAUAAGUCUGUACCGUUGCUAAAUACUGGCAUAGCUUGGCCAUCUGACAAAACUAUCAAAUUCAGAAAUCCUGAGGGAGAUUUGCAGACGGCAUUUAAAACCUUUGCCAAGCCAAAGAAUUGGAGUAAAGAAAUCUGGCAGUUGGAUCCUGAUAAUCCGGACAACAAUGGAUUUCAAAAUGAAGAUUUAAUUGUAUGGAUGAGAACUGCUGCAUUGCCAACUUUCCGAAAACUUUACCGUAGAGUUGACCAUGAGCAAGAUGGCUUUAAAAGUGGUCUGGUUGCAGGAAACUAUACUCUUACAAUCAAGUAUUUAUUUUCAGUAUCCGCCUUUCAUGGAAAGAAAAAGAUGAUUUUAAGUACAACUUCGCUCUUAGGAGGAAAGAAUCCUUUCCUUGGUUAUGCUUACAUUAUUGUUGGAAGCUUAUGUUUGGUUCUGGGCAUAGCAUUGCUCAUUAUACAUAUUAAAUGUUCCAAGAGCAGACUAAUGUAAAAGAUGACUACAAGAAAAUAAUCUUAGGCACACCGUGUAUGUUCUUCACCGCCGAUAUGAUCAAUGUGACUCCAACUACGGAAUAUCAUUAGGAAUGAUUCUUCUACUAAAAAUGAUUUUAUCGAUUAUCUUUGUUACUUUAAAAUAUCACGUUGACUGUGUCAUUAGUGUAUUUAUUUACAGUAAAGUAUUAUUUUUUGUUAAUUGCAAUUGUUUUUCAUGAUAUGUUUUAUUAGUUUAAGUGUUCUAUUGAAAAUAUUUAGUUUUACUACUAUUUAAGAAAUAAUAAUGAGGCACUAACAGAUACAUACAUAGACGAUGUGACAGUUAACGUGUUACUAGUGAUUAUGCAAUGAUGAGAUAAAUGUAUUGAAAUUCA